AAAAAAGAAAGUGAGGUGAAAGAAAUGAAUUUACGAGAAUAGGUCGCAAGUUGCAUAGAUUUUUGGUUGAUUUCCUUUUCACUUUGCUUUCGUAUUCUCCAUAACAUCUAAUAAACUGAAGUUAAUUUGUGUUUUUGAUCAUAUUUUGAUUCAACGCAUUAGGUGCCGUGGCACCGAAAACAGGCUAAGUACAAGAGUGAACAGCAUCUUAUUGAUUUUCUUACCUUGCUGCUUUCAACCAACGCGAAGUGGUGUUAAAAUUUAAACCGAAGAAUCUAUGAUCUAAUUGGAAUCUAUUACAAUUGAAACAAUAAUCCACAUAUCUAUUGAUAUUUUACCUAAUUCGGUGAUAGCAUAAAAUAAACGAAAAUGAUGGCUAAUUCACUUGACACAGUAAAUGCGAACCAGCCUACGCAAAAUGGUAGCAAGGUUCAGCCUAGCAAUAAUGAAUCGAAGACUAACCUUAUAGUUAACUACUUACCACAAACGAUGACCCAGGAGGAGAUACGGUCGCUGUUUUCAAGCGUCGGCGAAGUAGAAAGUUGCAAGCUGAUUAGAGAUAAAGUGACGGUGUUUCCUGAUCAUAUCCUCAACGGGCAGAGCUUGGGCUACGCUUUCGUCAAUUACCACAAAGCAGAGGACGCCGAGAAAGCAGUUAACACGCUGAACGGAUUGAGGUUGCAGAACAAAAUCAUUAAAGUGUCGUACGCCCGGCCCAGUUCCGAUGCAAUCAAAGGCGCUAACCUAUACGUGUCUGGUCUCCCGAAGCACAUGACACAGCAGGAGUUAGAAAAGCUCUUCAGCCCGUUCGGGACAAUCAUCAGUUCACGCAUACUUCAUGAGAAUGUGAAUGUUGGUCACUUGCUACAAGUGGGAGGAGAAGAUCAAUCUCUACAAGGUCCCUCCAGAGGUGUUGCAUUCAUCCGCUACGAUCAACGGUGCGAAGCAGAGGCAGCUAUACGUGAGUUGAAUGGUACUAUACCACCAGGCGGUACAGGUCCUAUAACAGUGAAGUGUGCUAACAAUCCCAGCAACCAAAACAAGGCACUGGCACCAUUAGCAGCAUACUUGGCACCGACAGCUGGACGGCGCUUUGUUGGACCAGCUGGAAAAGCUCUUCUGGCCAUCAACAAAGGGCUCCAGAGAUUUUCUCCUUUAGCUGACCCUCUUAUCCAAGGUAAUGCAUUAGGUGGUUCAGGCUGGUGUAUCUUUGUCUAUAACAUUGGAGCUGAUACUGAAGAAAGCAUUCUUUGGCAGCUCUUUGGCCCAUUCGGUGCCGUCCAAAGUGUUAAAAUUAUAAGAGAUCCCACAACCAACAAAUGCAAAGGUUAUGGUUUUGUAACUAUGACCAAUUACGAUGAAGCUGUUGUUGCAAUUCAAUCUUUGAAUGGAUACUCGCUGAACGGUCAGGUCUUGCAGGUCAGCUUCAAAACGAACAAGAGUAAAUCUUAAGUUAAUAAAAAUCUAGUCAAUAAAUUUAUAGCUAAUAUAAAAAAAAUGUUGAUCAUUAAGCUGUCAUGGUAUUGCAUCAAUAUUGAUCAAUCUUAGAACUGAGUAGUGAAUAUAACUGAUGCAAAUCAUGACAUAGAAACAGUUUGAACCAAUGCGUUUGAACCAUCAAGCAAGUACAAAGUAAUCAGAAUUUGUCAUUGUUGCUACCCAACUCAUGAACAUCUCAAUAUUUUAAAACCCUAUUGCUGACCAUGUGAUAAAAUCAUUUGAAUUUUGCAGUAAUUAAAAGCAACCGUGAUAAUGAUCUGUGAACAACUUGUGUCAGAACUUUGCAAUAUUAACAUUGGCCUGUGUAGAGGCUAGCCUAAUGUGGGUAUUUUAGUAUUACAAUGACAUCACAUAGGUAAUUACAAUUUGCAGAAACUGCCAACUCCAUGUUUCCACAUGCAUUUUAUUAUAAUGUUGAAAAGCUCUUCUGAAAUAUAGGUACUAAGGCAUUUCUACUUUACCUUAUUAUAUACAAAUACAACAUAAUGCAUUACAGACAUAAUUUUUUUAUACAAACCGACAAGAACCAUAG